CUUUUUUUCUUACAAUUUCAAGGAGCGAAUUUUACCCAAUAAGUACAGAGAAGUCUCUGGCCGUUGUUUUCAACAUGGAUUUCAAAGACAGUAAAACUGAUCAUAGAAAAGGAUCAGAACAAGAUAUAAUAUCAUUAAGAAUGACUUUUGAGACAAAUUUGAAAUUUGAAUUCCAUCUUCAUGAAAAUUUUACAGUUCAAAAAAUCAAAGACGAGCUUGAAAAUUUAUCUAAACGCGAAUUUGAUGAUGAAGCUUGUUUAGUAAUUGUUUUAAUGACUCAUGGAUCGAAUGACGGUUUGGUACGUGCUGUUGAUGAAAACUUUGAUAAAUCACUUCUUUGGGAAAAUUUUACUGAUGAAAGAUGUCCAUCGUUAGCUGGUAAACCUAGGCUUAUCUUCUUGCAAACCUGCAGAGGAAACAUCCAUAAUAAUGGAUGCGAAUUAGGUUCAAAUUCUAAUGAUCCUCCAAGUUCAUGUGCUAAUAAUGAUUCUGAUUCAAAUGAAUCCAAAUUUAAGUUGGAAAAAAAUAAUUUUGCUCAAUUACCGAUCGACUUUUUUGUUGGAUAUGCGACUAUUGAAGGAUUCUUUUCUUUAAGAGUUUGGACUGGUUCAUUUUUCGUACAAGUAAGACACAAAAGUUUUCUUCAAUAAUAAUCAAUUAUUCUUAAUUAAUCAAUUAUUUUCAAUUAUUUAAUAUUUCUUUAAAU